CGCCACUACGCAGGAGGCUCCAUCCGGAAGUGACGGAGGCAGAAGAGCGAUCUGAGAGGCGCCGCGGUGCAUUGUGGGAUGUGUUAGCUUGUCUGUACGCGCGCUGUCGUUCGUUUUGCUGACGGUUAUAAAAUGGACGCGGGGUUUUUCCGCGGCACCAGUGCGGAGCAGGACAACCGCUUCAGUAAUAAACAUAAGAAGUUGCUGAAGCAGCUGAAGUUUGCAGAAUGUCUGGAGAAAAAGGUGGACAUGACGAAAGUAAACCUGGAGGUCAUCAAGCCAUGGAUCACGCAGCGCGUCACCGAGAUCCUCGGCUUCGAGGACGACGUCGUGGUCGAGUUCGUCUUCAACCAGCUGGAGGAGAAGAACCCAGACGGUAAGAUGAUGCAGAUUAACCUGACCGGUUUCCUGAACGGGAAGAACGCACGCGAGUUCAUGAAGGACCUCUGGCCCUUGCUGCUGAGCGCGCAGGAGAACAUCGCCGGGAUCCCGUCCGCCUUUCUCGAGCAGAAGAAAGAGGAGAUCAAGCUCAGACAGGAGUCACUGGCGGUAUUGAAAAAGGUAGAUGAAGAUAAGAAAGAGAGAGAGAGCAAAGAGAAAGCUCAGUCCCGGAGUCCCAAACGUCUUUUUGUCUCCAGGAGAAAAUCCCGUUCACCUGCGAAGCGCGAACGGAAACGCAGCCACUCUCGUUCACCUCGACGCAAACCCAGCCCACCGGCUCUUCCCCUGCCCAGUCCACCCAGCAACAAACCCGAGCCUCAACCAGAGCCCGACCAAUCAGAGAGCUCCAAACCAGAACCUCUUGUCCAGGAGGCUUCCUCCACCAGUGAUCUGACGAACGAAACAAAGCUGGAUCCGGUGGCUGAAGUUCCUAAGGACGCGUCUCCGGAGAAACCUACAAAGGUGGAGGACAAACCGAAACCGAGAGAUAGAGAGAGAGACCGGGAGAAAGACGGACGCAGAGAUCGUCCACGCCAUCGCACACGGUCUCGCUCGCCUCGCCCACGUCGUCGCCACCGGUCAAGAUCUAGAUCAUACUCACCUCGGCGUAAACCGAGCCCGAGGAGACGCAUGUCCCCCAGACGCAGGAGCCCCCCAAGGAGACCACCUCCUCCCAGACACAGACGCAGCCGCUCUCCUGCCCGCAGGCGGCGUUCACGUUCUCGCUCGUCUUCAGGCAGCUCUUCUUCACGCUCACCUCACAAGAAGCCAACUAAACGCAGCUCCAUCACACCACCCAGGAAGCUGCCACGCCGCACUGAUACAUCAUCCAGCCCCAGCAGGAGGCGCCGCAGCCCCUCAGGUUCGGCUCGGCGACCCGCUGGGAGAAACGAGUCGCCUUCUCCUGCCCCUAAACCCAGACGAUCAGACCUCUCCGAAUCCGAGGAGGAUAAGUUGGGGAAGGGGGCUGCGGUCGAUUCAGUCCAACAGCGACGGCAGUAUCGUAGACAGAAUCAGCAGUCGUCUUCAGAUACCGGAUCAUCCUCCUCGUCCUCCGAGGAUGAAGGGCAGAGGAGAAUGGGCAGAGGGCAACCAGCAAGGAACGGGGACAUCAGGAGGAGGCGGAGUCACUCACCCGUGUCACCUAGGAGACGGCACAGAGACGUAUCACCAAGAAAGAGACGAUCUCCAUCUCCUCGUCGUCACCGCUCACCUUCACCCAGACGGCGUAGGUCACCAUCGCCUCCACCCAGACGCAGGUCGCCCUCACCCCCUCCUCGCCGCUAUUCACCGCCCAUCCAGCGGCGCUACAGCCCAUCGCCUCUUCCUGCUCACAAGAGACGCCCUUCUCCUUUACCUGCUCCUCCGAAGCGCAGCAGUCCACGCUCGUCUUCCUCUCCCCCUCCACGCUCGCGCCGUAGCCCGCCGAUGUCCUCAGGACGCCAGAGCAGCCCGCAAGGCAGGUACCCGGCUGCAGGGUCAUCCCCUCAGCGAAGGGGCCAGUCUCCGUCCCACGGCAGAGCCAUUCGCAGGGUGUCUCGUACACCUGAGCCACGGAACUUGCAGAGAGAUUCUCAGAGCCCACGGCCAAUGAGAAGACAAUCAUCUCGUUCGCGCUCUGCCUCUCCUGAUCAUUUCCCAGCAUCCUCGGCGGCAGCCCCCGUGUCUCUCAAGAGGCCGGCGUCUGCGUCCCCCUCUCCGUCCCCCGCUCGCUCGGCCAGCGGCUCUCCCCCACCUCCGGCUAAGAAGGCCAGCAGUGCCUCUCCAAGCCCCUCCCCCAACAAGAACUCUGACGUAGACGGCGGCAAGAAAAAGAAGAAAAAGAAGGAGAAGAAACACAAGAAGGAGAAGAAACACAAGAAGCACAAGAAGCACAAGAAGGAGAAAGGCGGCGCCGCUGCUCCGUCAGGGGACGGCCAGGAAAACGUCCGGACGGAGGAAGAGCACGAACCCAGUCAGAAAAAGGAAUCAGAGAGUGAAGUAGAGGACAGUCUGGAUGAUUUGGAGAAGCACCUGAGGGAAAAAGCUCUACGUUCCAUGAGGAAAGCCCAGCUGUCUCCUCCCCAGUCCUGAACCACCACCCUCUCUGUCUCCCUUUCACAUUAUGUUUUUUGGACAUUUUGUUCAGCUUUAGAUUGUAUACAUUGUUCAAGGUUCACUCCCGACGUUGAUAUGGUGGAUUUUUUUUUUUUUUUUCUUCGAUGCAAUCUUUGUUGAACUUUUCAGCAUGAUAUUUGUUUCUUCAUCCACUAAAAUGCAGUUUUACAAAAUUAAUAAACAUCCUUUUUGUCCCCUACCCCUUUUUUCGCAUCUUUUUUUUUGCAACCGAUAACCAAGAUUGAGACAGAGUUAGUGUAGUUUGUUUUGGUUUUUUCUUUCAUAACCUUGCCCAGUGUUGGGUUGUUGUUUUUUUUUAUUAUUUUUGAAGUUUUCUGGGAUUUCAAUGCACAUAUCUGUUUCACUAUUUCCCCCAUGCGCAUGAUCCGUACAGUAAAAACACACACUGCACUGUGCAAACAAAGAGAACAAGCGAAAAAGCUCUGUUUCUCGUCCCAACAUUUUGUUUUGUAACUUUUUAAGUUGUUUAAAGUUGUUGAACCGUUUUAAGAUUUCUGGCUUUGAAAAAGUCGCAUUAAAUGAAAAUAUAAAACUUG